CUGGUUCAUUUGCAAAUCAUGGCAUUACCUACCUGAUGAUGGUGGUUCUCUUCAAGAUGGAAGGAAAAACAACAAUAGGUAAAAAUCCAUUGGAAGAUGACUCAGGACACUGAGGAAUUAUUAACUGAUUGAUCUCGUGUUAGCAGUCCUUUGCCAGCUUUCUUACCAGUAAGGAAUUGUCAAUGGAUCCAUCUUUUGUCAUUGCUCUUGGCUUAUUGCUGUGUAUCUCAUGUCUGCUCAUUUUAUCAUGGAAAAUGGGCUUUGGAAGAGGAAAGCUUCCACCUGGUCCUGUUCCUCUUCCCAUUAUUGGCAAUAUACUACAGGUGGACCUUAAGAAUGUCCCAGAAUCUCUUUGCAAGCUAGCAAAAGAAUAUGGCCCAGUGUUCACUCUACAAUUUGGUGUUGAGUGUAUUGUCGUGUUACACGGGUACAAGGAGGUGAAAGAAGCUCUGAUUGAUCACGGGGACAAGUUUGCUGACAGAGCACAUAUGCCGAUUUUGAAAGUCACUAGCAGUGGAUUUGGCCUUAUUGUGAGCAAUGGAGAGAGAUGGAAGCAAACCCGCCGCUUCUCCCUCAUGACCCUGAGGAAUUUUGGGAUGGGGAAGAGGAGCAUUGAAGAGCGAGUCCAAGAAGUGGCAAAGUAUCUUGUGGAGGAAUUAAAAAAAACAAAAGGACUACCAUGUGACCCCACAUUCAUCCUUGAGUGUGCUCCUUGCAAUGUAAUUUGCUCUGUCAUUUUCCAGAAACAUUUUGAAUAUAAAGAUCAGAAAUUUCUAUAUUUAAUGAAGCUUUUAAAUGAAAACAUCAAGAUCGCAAGUUCCCCAUGGAUGCAGGUCUACAGUUCUUUUCCAUCUUUAGUACAUUAUCUCCCUGGAUCUCAUCACAAAAUAGUUAAAAAUGUUCGUUUACAACAUGAGUUUAUUUUGGAAGAAGUGAAGGAUCACCAAAGGACACUGGACCCCCACAGUCCUCUGGAUUUCAUUGACUGUUUCCUGAUGAAAAUGGAGCAGGAAAAGCAACAACCACAGUCUGAAUUUACCAUUGAAAACCUGGUCUGCACUGUAGCUGACCUAUUUGCUGCUGGAACAGAGACAACCAGCACCACCCUGAGAUAUGGACUCCUGCUUCUCCUGAAACACCCUGAGAUAACAGGAAAAAUUCAUGAAGAAAUCAAUCAUGUGAUUGGCCGAGAUCGAAGUCCCUGCAUGAAGGACAGAAACAAGAUGCCUUAUACCAAUGCUGUGGUACAUGAGAUACAACGAUACAUUGACCUUGUUCCAACCAACCUGCCCCAUUCAGUGUCAGAAGAUGUUCGGUUUAGACAAUAUCUUAUCCCCAAGGGUACCACCAUAAUACCAGUAUUAUCUUCUGUUCUGUAUGAUGAUGAAGAGUUCCCCAAUCCAGACCAGUUUGACCCAGGUCACUUCCUGGAUGAAAGUGGCAACUUUAACAAGAGUGACUAUUUCAUGCCUUUUUCAGCAGGCCUUAUCGUAAGCAAUGGAGAGAGAUGGAAGCAACUGUGCUGCUUCUCCCUCAUGAACCUGAGGAAUUUUGGGAUGGGGAAGAGGAGCAUUGAAGAGCGAGUCCAAGAAGUGGCAAAGCAUCUUGUGGAAGACUUAAAAAAAAAACCAAAAGGAAGAAGUGAAGGAAUACCAAAGAACAUUGGACCCCAGCAAUCCUCGGGACUUCAUUGACUGUUUCCAGAUGAAAAUGGAGCAGGUAGAGUGUGAGCAGUAGUUCUGAAUCUCAGUUCUUGUAGGUGAAAUGGCUUGUGUAUGAGAGGCUGACUCAUUCACAAACACAGAGCAGUAAAUAAUCAGAUAUCAAUGCUAGUGUGCUUACAGCACUACAUGGGGCAAACAGAAGAAUGAGAAGGUAGGGUCCUAGACCUAAUGGAAUUUGUAACCCAGCACACAGAGGGAAGCGCUUGUAAGGACAAGAGAAUAAUUAUCAGUAUUGUGUAAGGAAAGCCAAAAUAGAUUAUGAAUUGAACAUUUAAGUGAUGAAAGAAUUUGGUAUUAGUAAGAAAUAUGAUAUUUGGAGAGAGUUAACAUAAGACUUCCUUCUGGAGGAGUUAGAUUUUGAUCUGGGUCUUGAAGAACAUCCUAGAGUUAGGCAGUGAAGGCUUGGCAGGACAUUUCAGGACUCUACAAAGACAGUGAGGUAUAGGGAACUUUAAUCUGAGCAGCCUGAUUGGAAUAGAGGGGCUGCUGUGGUAAGUACUUGGGACAAGGAUGGUGGGUUUUAUAGUCAAGAUAGUGUAGUUAGAGGCUCUUCAUUUUACAUCCCUCAACAAACACAAAGAGCAAAACCAAGGGGAAGAAAAAUAGUGAAAAAGUUACAUAAAGAAAAAAAAUCAACCAAAUUAGGAAUAAAAGUAGAACAAAGCUAUAUGCUAAUGUAAUUCAUAUGGAGUAAGUGAAGCCCUGAAAGUAUCAGAAAUAUGGGAGAAGGUAAAAGAUAUGCUGAUGGACAUAUUGAAAUGGAUCUGUGACCCACUUAAAGGAAAGAAGUGUUAUCUGAGGUCACCACCCAUAGUUUUCUUACCAGACCAACCAGAAAACAUAUUAUUUCAAAGCAAAACACAUUUAAUUUAGUAAUGUGGCAACAUAACUGACCAGGAAAAUCCUUCCUUCUUCAACCUAUGCACAUAAGAGUAUACUCUCCCACAGAUUCCUGCACCAUUGGUGAAUGAGGAAAUGUAAGAGAGGGCAGAUAUGUGGACCAGAGCAAGAGAUUUUUAUAACUAUUAUGUACAAUAGUCUCUUGCAAUGCUCUGUGUAUCACGUGUGAGAAUCUUAAUAAGGCCAUAUCCUUUUUACCCCUCAUCACCCACAUGGUUAUAUAGAGUUGACUUGAACUUGAAUUAUGUCCUCUACCACCUUCCUGCUUGUCCUAUGUUUUUACCUUUCUUAUCUUUAGUCCAUACAGUAUUUAUUGUA